AUGAGCUCCGUUCUCCCGCCCUGCUACCUGCUUGACAGAGCCAUUGUGGCUGGAGGAGAAAAGGCCUUUGUGAGGAGCGUCCUGGGGUUCAAUGGGGCCCUUUUGUCUGCCCUGGAAGAUGCCUCCGUGCCCAACGGGGAAGGUUCCCUGAUCAGCCUCUACUGCUCUUCUCAAGAAGUCCUGUGCCAGAUCGUGGGCAGCCUGAGCCCCGAGGCGCCCAGCAAUGCCACGGCGGUCAGCUGGCAGGAGAGGAUCAGGAAGAGCUACGGCUUCUACAUCGGCGUGGGCCUGGCCUUACUCUCCUGCCUUCUCAUCGGGAGCAGCGUCAUCCUCAAGAAGAAAGGCCUCAUCCGCCUCGUGGCCACAGGCUCCACUCGGGCCGUGGACGGCGGCUAUGGGUACCUGAAGGACGCCAUGUGGUGGGCCGGAUUCGCCACCAUGUCAGCUGGAGAAGUCGCCAACUUCGGGGCCUACGCCUUUGCGCCUGCGACGGUCGUUACGCCGCUGGGAGCGCUGAGUGUCCUCAUAAGCGCUGUCUUCUCCUCCUAUUUUCUGGGAGAGAGCCUGAACCUGCUGGGGAAGUUGGGCUGUGUGAUCUGCAUGGCGGGCAGCACCGUGAUGGUGAUUCACGCCCCGGAGGAAGCCAAGGUCACCACCGUCAUGGAGAUGGCUUCCAAGAUGAAGGACACAGGGUUCAUCGUGUUCGCUGUGUUCCUGCUGGUGUCCUGCCUGGUGCUCAUCUUCAUCGUGGCCCCUCGGUACGGACAGAGGAAUAUCCUCAUUUACAUCAUCAUCUGCUCCGUGAUCGGCUCCUUCUCUGUGACAGCCGUCAAGGGGCUGGGCAUCACCAUCAGGAACUUCUUCCAGGGGCUGCCCGUCGUGCGGCAUCCCCUCCCCUACAUCCUGUCCCUCAUUCUGGCCCUUUCCAUCAGCGCUCAGGUCAACUUCCUCAACCGGGCGCUGGACAUUUUCAACACGUCGCUGGUGUUCCCGAUCUAUUACGUGUUCUUCACCACGGUGGUGGUGGUCUCCUCCAUCGUGCUCUUCAAGGAGUGGCACACCAUGACCGCCGUGGACAUCGUGGGCACCUGCUCCGGCUUCGUCACCAUCAUCUUGGGGGUGUUCAUGCUCCACGCUUUCAAAGACUUGGAUGUGAGCCACACCUGUCUGCCGCACAUGCGCAAACACCCAGCCCCAGGGCCCGGCCCACAGCCAACGGCCGCCGCCACGGUCGUCAGACUGGAAGACAAGAAUGUCUUGGUGGACAAUAUCGAACUUUCCAGCAGCACCCCAUCCCCGGAACAGAAGCCCAAAGUAUUCACAAUCCAUUCGUAA